AUGGCGCCAACCAGAACUUCUUCCCGCCAAGCUGCUCAGAAAGCCAAAGAGGCCAUGGCUGCCGCUCCAGACACCAAGCCCCGGGGCGGAGCGGGCACGAAGCGCAAGGAGUCGUCUGAUAAAGGCCCAGAGACCAAAAAAGAGAAGAAGAAUGACCACAAGCCCGCUCAGGAAGAAGUAGCCGAGCAGACACCGUCAACCGAACCAUCGAAACAGGCAGAAGAGGAUAAGCCCGCGCCCGAGCAUGACGAACACAAGGAACAGGAAUCUGAGGAACCAAAGACCGAGAAGAAUUAUGAGCAUGUUGAGGAGAAAUCGCCGGAGAAGUCUCCGGCGGCCAGUGCAGAAAAUACCAAACCCCCUGAAUCUGCAGCGCCUGAUCAGAAACCAGCCCCCGAGCACGAAGUUGAGAAUGGCGUCAAGAAAUCCCCGAAGAGAGAAGACGUCAUUACCUCGAAUGUCCUUGAGAAAGGUAUCAUCUACUUCUUUUACCGUCCUCGUGUUAAUACUUCGGAACCUCAGAGCAUAAACGACGUUGCUCGGAGUUUUAUUGUAUUGCGGCCCACCCCGUUGGGAGCCGCGCUUGGUGAAGAUCAAGGGACGGUGGAAGCUGGCUCGAAAUGUCGACUGAUGGCGCUCCCAAAAAAGAAAUUCCCUACAAGUGGGAAUGAGAGAGAUAUGGGAUUUGUGGAAAAGGCGGGCCAGUCAAUGAAAGCGCUACAUGAUAGCUUCAUGGUCGGCGGAAAAUACGAGACUGCUACCCAGGGCGAGCGUAGUAUCGAAGAAGCCAGACCGUUCGCCGAGGGUGUCUAUGCAAUUACGUCUGCGAAACGAGCCUCGCACUUGGCCUACAUCCUCACUAUUCCCGAAAAGAUCGGGACACUCCAGGAGGACUUCGGUCUCCAUGGACGCGGUAGCUGGAUUGUACAGUCUAAGAAUCCCAAGCAUCCAGGCCCCUCAUACGCCGCUCUUCCCCAAGGCCCGGAGUAUCCUGAACAGAUUCUCGAGAAGUUCGGUGAUUACCGCUGGAAACCAUUGGAGCCCGAGUUCAUCGAUUACCCCAAUGCUCAAUUCCUCAUGGUCGGCGAGUCCACGAAUGAGCUGGGUAAGGCUGCCACUGCCGACCCUGACGAUAAACAAGAGGGAGAAGAACAGCCCGGGGAAGAACUUGAAAAGUUCGAGCACGAAAAUGAAGAACGAGUGGAAUCGUUGCGAGGCGAUGACACCGUGUAUGAAGACCUUGGGUUGGAUGCCAAGAAAUAUCCCAAGGUGCCCACGACUUGGACAACAUCAUAG